AUGAUUGAAGAUAUGGUCGAGAUGAUUUCUAAAUGGUAUCCGCCAUUACCGCCAGCCAUGCAACAGAUAGAGAGCAAGGAUCCCGACAUUCUUCGAUAUUACCAGGAAUGGGGUUUCGACAUCUAUCGCACAUACUACGGCCCAGGCUCCGACGAGGCUUGGAACACGCUUCUAUAUGCACUGAAACACCAGACGAGAUUGGCAUUCGGACUCUACGGCGGUCGAGAAGAUACAGAUCAACGCCACGUCAAUAUACUCAAGAACCUGUUCUAUCUCAAUGCCCGGGCCGAUAAAUCUCUACUGGAAGGGCUUGAUGUACAAGGCAUUCGGAAAUUCUGCCAGAACGAAAAUACCGAUAAAAAUCGAGUCAUGUCAGGUAGCACGCAUCAGUAUGUACUGCUUGCUGACGAAUCAGUAUUGAAAGAUGUUUCUGAGCGCGAGUUUGUCGUGAAAGCGGUGUCUCUGGACUGGAAACUAGGGCACCCGGGCUGGGGAUGGAUGAGGAUCCCAACAGGCUAUCUGUUGGAUCUAUGGCAACUACUGAUGCUGAACUCGAUGCGAACUGAGUUUGCGAUCGACUUUGACGGACCUGAAGAGGAUCUUGGUCAUUAUGUCUGGCCUGGAGAUAUGGCUGUUAACAAUACAGGGUCGUAUUCAGAGAUUCGCCGAUUUGGGAAGCACUACCGUGGCCAAUCCCCAGAUUGUUCAUUAUAA